AUUGUUGAGAACGGAUGUUACUUUGAAACUGCGGGGCAAUAACCACACAUUGACACAGUAUGCGCGUGUUGAAUUCCACACCAGCCACUAAUGUCAAAUUCCUGAAAUUAUAUAUGGUUUAAUUCAACCAUCUAUCAUAUCGAGUGCUUCAUACGAAGCAGCUAUAAAUAAGUGCCGUUUAACCGGUGAAUAGUAGUUCUGCCACAGCACCAGAGAAAGAGCUAUCUGUCAACUGUUCCGAGCAGCAAUACCGGACAUGUCAGACAUAAUAGACGGUAGGAUCGGCCCCGUUUUACCCGAAUACCGUUCCAUACAAGCUGCAGGUCUCUAUGAAGCAGCCAUCAGGGGGUCGGUUCCUACGCUAGAUGCAUUGCUCAAACGGCAUGGGAGAGUAAUUCUCCACCGAGUUUCACUCACACCGUUUGCCGAAACUCCCUUGCAUUUGGCGGCUCUCAUGGGCCACCUCGAAUUCUCGCAGCGGCUCCUUGCACUCAGACCCGAGCUUGCCUCCGAGCAGGACUCAGAAAAGUGCACGCCACUCCACUUGGCAGCAGCGAAUGGCCACAACCCGGUCGUCAAGGAGCUGCUGGAAGCAUCAGAGGGAAAGGCCUGUCUACUCCAGGACCAAGAGGGAAGAGUCCCACUCCACCUGGCCGCCAUGAGAGGGUGGGUCUCCGUGGUACGGGAACUCCUGAACUCAACGCACGCGCAGGAAUCUGUGAAGAAGAAGGUCGACGAUGGCGAUAGCGUUCUGCACCUGUGCGUGAAGUACAACCAUUUGGAUGUGUUGAAAGUUAUUCUGGGUUCGAUCAGUGGAAUCGAUGGAGAGGUCCUGAAGAUGACGGAUUCUCGUGGCAACACUGCUUUGCAUCUAGCUGUGAUGCUAAAGCAGAGGGAGACAGUUAGAUUCUUGCUUGAGUUACCAAGAGUGAGGACAGAAGUAAUUAACAUCACGAACGGGAUGGAUUUCACAGUACUGGAUAUACUAAACCACUCUCCAAGAGACUUCAGAAACCUGGAGAUUGGAGAAAUCCUAGCUGCAGCCAGAGCAAAAGCUGGAGCUGCGGUUGAGACUGAUGUGCUUCGACCACGUCUAACCCGUGGUGCCGUGAAGAGUGAUGUAGAUGGAGCAGUAGAAGUACCUGCGGAGGCACAAGCCCAAGUCCCAAAGGCAUGGAAGACACGGGUGUGGCACUUUGUGAAGCAGAUCAUGGACUACCGAGGGGACUGGAUGAAUGACACAAGGGGGUCCCUAAUGAUGGUGGCCAGCAUCAUCGCAACCAUCACCUUCCAAGCAGCUAUUGCACCCCCGGGCGGUGUGUGGCAGAACGACACCAUAGAGGCCUCGAGAGGUCCCUGUGGCAAGGAAAACAUAGUGUGUGUUGCCGGGAAUGCGGUGCUUGCUUACUACUACCCUGACAAGUACUAUAUCUUCAUGAGGUGGAACAUGAUCUCGUUCAUUGGGUCACUCAUGGUCCUGUUCCUGCUCAUUAGCGGGUUCCCGCUGAGCAACAAAUUCUGCCUAUGGCUCUUGUCACUAGCCAUGUGUGCAACAGUCACCUCCCUUGGCUACACCUUCUUCAAAGCCAUGUGGCUGGUGGUUCCAGAUCACUUGAUACCCCAAUAUGACGGGCUCAAGUAUGAUGUAUACUGCGUGUGGGCAGUGAUGACAGGUAUCGUCGGGCUCUUCCUUUUCAUCCGCAUGUGUUACUGGUUGAGACGCUUCAAGUACAAAGCUGCCUGGAGGAGGUUACUCAGACUUGGUCCCAGCACAUCAAAACUCGUAGUAGAUUCUUGCGCACACUGGAAAACUCAUCCAGCCGAUACCAGUAGCCGGUGCUAGCCUGCCAGAACUCAUUAUGUUAAGAGUGGAGUUUCUACCGUAGGAAUAUAUAUAAUGUUGGAGAUGUCUCAGGAGCUGAUUGGUCGAAGUCUAACUGUUUGUCUAUCCUUUAGGCAGUUCAUUGUUUCAUCGUUAGCAACAAAGUAGCUUAGCAGAGUUUCCUUUGGUUGUGUUUUAGUCGCGUAGUUUUUGCUUUGUUUGUUGGGUCUUAAAAGACAGAUGUAUGCAGUUCUCAUUUUAUGUGCGCAGUUAAUGAAG